AUGAAUAGAUAUACCACAUUCACAAUAGUCGUAACUAGUUGUGUUCUCCUCCUAGUAACCCUUGUUAGUCUUGAGCAGACUCCUAGUUUCCUCACUUAUCGCCCAAAGGAAUAUGAUGUGACUCUUAUAACCCAGAUUGACAAUUGUGAUUAAACAGUGUUCCUUGAAGGUCUUUGCCAAGGUGGAAAUUGGGCUCAUAUCUUCACUUAGUCUCUGUACCUGACCAAUUGUCUUAGAUCGUCAUCGAAGUAACCUCGUCUUUCGGCUGAAGAAUUGCUACAAUGUACCAAGUGGGAUGAGGACAAAUGUUCUGCUACACCCAAAUCAUUGAAGAUUGUUAAUAGCAUCAAGAAUUUCUUGUUAGAGAAUGGUCUGAGUACCAAUAAGUGUCUUUCGUAUAAGCAAACAGUCAAUUUCAACCUCAAGAACAAAUGUCCAAUCAGAUGUGACGAUUUGAGUUUCAAGAAAUCAGAGUUGAGAGCCAAAGAUCUUAUAGAACUUACAUCAACACAAGACAUACAAGAUCACAUCAUAAAUAAAGGUCCUGUUGUCCUGGCAUUGAAAUAUGGCUCAAGCUUGAAUGAAUACUCAAGUGGACUUUAUACCACUAAGAAAAAUGAUCAAGACUUUGGCAUCAGAUUUUUAAUGGUUGUGGGUUGGCACACUGAAACUGAUGGCAAAAUUACAUGGAAAUCAUUGAACUCUUUUGGCACCCAAUACGGAGUAGAUGGCAGAGUCAAUGUGGGAGAAAAGAACCAAUACAUAUUGGGAUACUUUGGAUUUGAUGUCUGA